UUGGUCAAUUUGCGAGUACUUCCUCAGUAGUAGCCUGAUGAAUGCUUGUCGUCAUGUACGCCCCGUGGAAAAGAGGUACAAUAUUCGGCUCAGACGAGACAUGGGACCUGGUGGCUGGAAUCAUAUCUCAAUUCCACAUUCCUUUCAGCUUGAUGUUACUCAGCCUUGGAAAACCCCUAACAUCUUAACGAAGCCGUUUCUCCAUAUGGCUUAUAUUCUGUUGUUAAAUACUACUCAUUUCACAAAGACUAUUGUUCUCUCUUGUUUCAAAAAAUCACUUUUUAAUUUCUCUUUGCUAAGUUUACUCAUAUAUAUAUAUAUAUCUUCAUAGCUAGCGUUAUCCGUUGAAGAUCUCAGUCGAUCAUCAGAAAUCCCUGCUGCGCGAGUGUAUCGACAUUCGGAUCUCUAAAUUUUGUUUCACUAUUGAGCUAUCAAUACUUCAAUUGAGGUUUCAAGUGUAACAGAUUUCCACUGGUGUACCGAGACUGGUACAAAUCUCAUCAUGGCGACAUCUGAGCCCUUAGAGUUUCCCAAUAUGCCAAACGGUAAACAGCGGCGCAAUGGGAUCAACGCCAAUGGGAAAGAACAUGAACCAAAUGGUGUCAAUGGCACUAAUUCAAGUAACGGUCAGAACGGUCAUUAUCAUGAAGAUAGUGGACUAGAUGAAUCUUUUGACGUUCUUAAAAACAUCAAUGGUCACACACAAUCAAAUGGGCAUUGUUCAAGUGAUGACGAACACCGGCCUCUUGACAAAUCACAUCGAAUUGAAUCUUUUGGUGCUCGUACUACAGCAUCAGGGGGUCAAGCGAGACAACAUUCUAAGAUCCGGACAUAUACCGAUGACCCAGACAGCAGAGACUUUCCUCGGAUAUCGAAACCUGUAGAGCUUCUGAGGAAUGCUUAUGAUGUAGUGGUGAUUGGAUCAGGUUAUGGUGGAUCAGUUGCUGCUAGUCGUAUGGCAAGAGCUGGACAAUCAGUAUGUCUCUUGGAAAGGGGGAAGGAAAAAUGGCCGGGAGAGUAUCCCAGUGGUACCAAGCACGCGAUGGAGGAACUUCAUGUAUCAGGAAAUUUUGCUCCGGGAAUUCUACCGGGUGUGAUGGUAGAAGAGGGAGAUCCUACAGGUCUCUAUCAUCUUAUAUUUGGAAAGGGUCAAAAUGCCUUCGUAGCCAAUGGCUUGGGUGGAACAAGUCUUUUGAACGCCAAUAUAUUUCUCGAGGCCGACAAAAACACUUUGGCUAUGGAUUGUUGGCCAAAGGAAUUGCGAGAGGAAAAAGCACUAAAAGAAUACUACGACAGAGCUGCAUCUGUUCUCCAACCUCAAAGUUAUCCAGAAGACUGGCCUGCGCUCCCCAAGUUGACAUUACUGGAGAAGCAGGCUAAAAUUCUAGGUAUGCAUGAGAAAUUCUAUCGCCCACCACAAACUACUCGAUUCCUUGGAGGACCGAACAGUACUGGAGUUGAGAUGUACCCAUCUGCUUUGACGGGUAUGGAUUGCACGGGUGUUAAUGAUGGAAGCAAAAGCAGUACUUUGGUAAACUAUCUCUCGGAUGCAUGGAAUUGGGGAGCAGAAAUGUUCUGUGAAUGCGAAGUAAGAUAUGUUAAAAAACAUCCAGACCCUAAACAAGAAGGUUAUCUCGUAUGCUUUGCAUGGCAUGGAAGCAAUCGUGGAUCUUUCAAGACGAAUAUUUACGAAGAUCUUCUGUGGGUACAUGCAAAGAAGUGCGUCUUCCUUGGAGCCGGAUCCAUUGGCUCAACAGAAAUUCUUCUUCGAAGUAGGAGCUUAGGAAUGAGCAUGAGCGACAGAGUAGGCAAAUCCAUGAGUGGCAAUGGUGAUAUGUUAGCUUUUGGCUAUAACACCGAUGAGGACGUUAACGCAAUUGGUCGUGCAUCCCCCGCAGCGGAUAAUCCUGUUGGUCCUACUAUCACAGGCAUCAUCGACAAUCGAGAGGGCCAUGCAAAUGUUUUGGAUGGAUAUGUUAUUGAAGAGGGUGCGAUUCCAAAAGCACUUGCUCCACUAUUUCAAUUCAUGCUUGAGAAACUUCCAGGUUCUGAAGCACCAGCGGAUUUGACAACUCUUGAGAGAUUGAGGCACACACUAUCAUCUGCAGGAAGUCGUUUCUUGGGUCCAUACUACAAAAAAGGUAGUAUUGAGAGAACACAAACAUAUCUUGUUAUGAGCCACGAUACCAAUCAAGCCAUUCUCACUCUCAAAGAUGAUAAGCCGUGUCUUGAGUUUCUUGGUGUGGGUCGAAGUGAUCAUGUCAGGAAAAUCAACAACGUCCUCAAAGAAGCCACAGAAGCUGUCGGUGGAAUAUUCGUCAAUAAUCCAUUUUAUUCAACACUAGGCCAGCAAGAAAUCACCGUUCAUCCUAUCGGAGGUGCUUGCAUGAGCUCGGAUAACACCGCACAGUAUGGAGUUACCAAUCACUUUGGAGAACUUCUCACUGGUAACGGUAGUGAGACAUAUCCUGGUCUCAUAGUUUCCGAUGCUGCUGUCAUUCCCUGCGCACUAGGCGUCAAUCCAUUUGCAACAAUUACAGCGCUGGCUGAGCGCUCAGUUGCUCAUGCCGCGAAGAACCUCAAUCUUAGCAUUGAUUAUGAUACCAGCAAUGGUGUGUUGGAUUUGUUCGGCGAACCGAAGUACGCUCCCAUGCAAUUGCAGAGUUAUGGCACACAAAACUUUGAGGUCGAGGAAGCUACUAAGAUGAUUGAUGAAUCUGAAAAUUCCAAGACAAGCGGGUUUGGUUUUACUGAGGUGAUGGAAGGAUUCGUUCAUAUUGGAGAGAAUCUGAAGGGCGAUCAUCGAGAAGAUUAUGAAAUUGCUGCCAAAACUGCUAGGGGGCUUUGCGAGGCUUCACGGUUUUUUUUGAGUGUCAAAACUUUUGAUACACGCAAAAUUGUUCAUCGAGCAGAUCAUUCGGCUAUGUUGACUGGCACAUUCGUAUGUGCUUCAUUGCCCGGUAGUCCUUUUAUGGUUCAACGUGGAGACUUCCAACUCUUCAGCGUCGAUCAUCAAGCUCCUGGUACUCGAAACCUAACAUAUGAUUUCGAUAUGACCUCUACUGAUGGAAAACAAUUACACUUCCAUGGUUUUAAAAUUGUUGAUUCAUCAGUUGCUCUUGGACCAUUGAAAUUCUGGACCGCCGCAUCAACAUUAUACGUCACCAUCACAGAGAAAGAUGCCAACAAAACUGUACUAGGAAGAGGAAUGAUGCAUAUCCAACCCAAGGAUUUCUUAUCGCAAAUAUUCACACUCCAGGCUUUUGGUCGUAACUUCUGGUCUAGAAUUCAAUCCACCACAAGCUUUAUGACUUUCUUCGCAAAACAAUCGGCCAAUCUCUUCUUCGCUCCAUUUACAUAUCUUCAGUACCCAUCCGUCACCUACACCGGCUACAUAAACGAAACUCGUCCCGACGAUACUAUCCAAAUCGUCGCCUCCGACAAUGUGAAGACCCUUCUCCACGUCUGGGAACCCCAAAAUCCGAAUAUUGAAACCAAAAACCUCUUCUUCAUCCCCGGUGCCUCAGUCGAUCAUCAAAUCUUCGCGCUUCCAACCAUUGAAGUAAAUGCCAUCAAUUAUUUCACCCGCGCUGGCUACCGCUGCUUCGUCGUCGUUCAUCGUAUAUGUCAACUCGCGGUUGCAGAAAAUAACUGGACCACCUUCGAUGCGCGUCUAGAUAUCAAAGCCUCGCUCCAAUGGAUCCGCAAAGAACAUGGCCAUGAUCCUAUCUAUACAAUCGCUCAUUGUAUGGGCUCUGUGGCGUUUUCGUCCGGACUUCUAGAUGGUACUAUUCCCGCGAAUUGGAUCUUAGGAGUUACCUGUUCGCAGGUCUUCAUGAACCCAAUUUGGGCAACUUUGAAUUUGGCAAAGGCGCUUGCGGGUCCCAUUCCCUUUGACAAGUUGUAUAAAUUCUUUGGAGGGAAUUGGUUCAGCUGUAGUAGUACGAAGGAAGAUUCAUAUUUCCAACAAGCGGUCAAUCAGCUGUUGAGAUUCUAUCCCGAUAAGAGGUGUGAGAUUUGUAAUAAUGUUUCGUGUCAUCGCUGUUCGUUGAUUUUCGGUCGUCUCUGGAACCACAACAACCUCAACGAAGCGACACAUCGUCAAAUUAACCGAUUCUUCUCCGGCGUCAACAUGACUUGUCUCCACCUCCUCAUGAAAAUGGGUACCAUCGGACACGUCACCGGCAACGCGCCGCUCUUCCACCCGCUCACCUCGUCUAAAAACAUCCGUCGUCUUAAAGGUAUCCCCUUCUUCCUCUUCUCCGGCUCGGACAACAAAGUCCUCAAUCCAGAAAGUACGACAAAGACGCUCGAAAUUCUGAGAGACGAGAAUGGCGGAGGGACCGAGUUUGAAAUGUAUGAACGCACCGAGAUUAGAGGGUAUGGACAUUUGGAUUGUUGGAUGGGCAGGGAGGCGUAUAGGGAUGUGUAUCCUGAGGUUAGGGAGCGCGUGGAUAGAGUGUGCAGGGGGCGGGAGUAUAGGUUUGAGGGGAGUGUGGAGGGGAAGAAGGGGAUUUAG